CGUUUGCCCCUAAUCCCGCUUUGCCCUUGUGUCGGCAAAUCUCCGGCGGAUGGAGAGGGAGAGAGUUUUGCUGGCACACGGGGCGGCUGGGUCUGUCUCCAGAGCAGAUGCCGGGGUUGCAGCCUCCUCCUCCGGCUUAUGUUGAUCCUGGUAAUCCAGAGUGAGCAAGGAAAAGGGAAAAAAGAAAGGUUUUAGCGAACUGGUUGUCCGCCGCCUUUGUGCUCUGGAUUCUCCUCGGUGGUGAGUCCUGCGGUGGUGAGUUGGACUGCGGAGGGGCUGUGCCGUGUUUUGGAAGCUGGUGAAUUCCUUGCUGCUGCAGCUGCCUGUUCAGGAGCUCAGGACCCGGGUGUUUUCUGCCUGGGUCAUCGCACCCACCCUCCUGCUGAUGUUUGCAAGUUGCAGGUCUUACAGAGAAAAAUAAUCAGCGUCAACCCAAUGGUCAUCAAGGAUAUGAACUCUGCUGGUUUUAUCUAGAUGGAUGAAAAGGUUAACAGCCCAGAAGGGGAGUUCCUUUUGUUUUCGAGAUGGCAGCAGCUAGUGGUGAAAGCCAACUGCAGCGGAUUAUCAGAGACUUGCAAGAUGCUGUGAGUGAGUUAAGUAAAGAAUUUAAAGAAGGAGGGGAACCGAUCACAGAUGACAGUGGCAACUUGCAAAAAUUCUCCUACAAGCUUGAGUACCUUCUACAGUUUGACCAGAAAGAAAAAAGCACAUUGCUGGGCAACAGAAAAGACUACUGGGAUUAUUUCUGUGACUGUCUGGCAAAAAUCAAAGGAGCUAAUGAUGGAAUCCGCUUUGUCAAGUCUAUUACAGAACUAAGAACAUCUCUUGGAAAAGGAAGAGCAUUUCUUCGUUACUCCCUGGUUCACCAAAGACUAGCAGACACCUUGCAGCAAUGUUUUAUGAACACCAAGGUGACCAGUGACUGGUACUAUGCAAGAAGUCCAUUUCUGAAUUCCAAAAUGAGUUCUGACAUUGUGGGUCAGCUCUAUGAGCUCACUGAUGUUCAGUUUGACUUGGCAUCAAGAGGCUAUGAUUUAGAUGCUGCUUGGCCAGCAUUUGCCAGAAGGACACUGUCCUCGCUUGGAUCUUCAGCAUAUUUAUGGAAGCCUCCAAGUCGCAGUUCCAGCAUGAGCAGUUUAGUGAGCAACUAUUUGCAGGCCCAAGAGUUUCCUUCCAGCCCUGAUGUGAAUAGCUCACUAAAUGUUGAACACCUUGAGGGCUAUGAAGAGAUGCGUUUAGAACUUGACCAGGCUGAGCUGAGGCAGAGGGAACUUCAAGAUCGUAUUCACCAGCUAGAAAUGGAAAACCAGGAGCUCCAGGCAGCUGUCAGCCUUCAAAAAGAGCAAGUACAGGUAGAAAAGGAGAAGAGCAAUAACUACAGUGAGGAGAACUCCCGGCUGACAAAGAUGAUCACAGAGUUACAGAAGCAGUGUGAGGUCUCACACUCCACUCAGAGCACUGUCCAUGACCUGCAGAAGUGCCUACAGUCAUUGGAAUUAAAUGCAGUGGAGCAGCAGAAAGAAUAUUCAACAAAAGUGGAGCAGCUGUUGACCAGCAAGGAAGACUAUGCCUCAAAAUUGCAGGUUUCAAAUCAGGAGCUGGAGACCUCGAGGGCUUUGAUUGCUGUCAAUAAUCUUUGCAUCGAUGAGCUCAAAGCCAAGCUGAGUUCUGCAGAACAGAAGAAUCUCAGCCUCCUUGCGAAAGUUGAUGCUGCCUUGGACGAAAAGGGGCAGCAAGCCACAGCCCAGUGUGACUCUGCCCUACAAAUACAUGCACUGUUAGAGAAGCUUCAGGAGAUGGAGAAGGAAAAGGCAGAUAUGCAAAGACUCAAUGAUGAACGUGCAUCUCAGCUGAAAGCAGCAAAGGAGGAGCUGUGGCUGAAAGAACAGGCACAGAAGGAACUGGAAUCCAGAUACAAUCGCCUCACUGUUGACUCCAGAGAAGAAAGUGAAAAGCUGACUGGGAGCCUGGAAACUAUGACAAAGGAAAAGGAUGCACUUCAGGAGGCCCUGACUCUGAAAGGAAAGGAGAUGGCUGAGCUCCAGACCCAGGUAAUGGGGUCGCUGGCUCAGGUGGGGUCACUGGAAAAAAGUCUUGAGGAAGCCAGGAAAGAAAAAGAGAAACUUGAGGAGGAAUAUGGUAGGAGGGAAGGAGCACUGAAGCAGGAAUCCAAGUCACAAGCAGAGCAACUUGCACUACAGGAGGGUCACUUAACAAAGGUGAGUCAGACUGUGUGUAGCCUUGAGGAGCAAAACCGCAAACUCAUGUCUGAGAAAGAGCAUCUCGGGCAGAAAGUCAAGGAGCUGGAGGAGCAGAUGGAGCAGCGAAGCUCUGCAGUGACCGAAUUGGAUGAGGAGAGCAGGAAGCUGAAAGCAGAGAAUGUGAAUUUGCAGCAGUCCAAGAACAAGAUGGAAGCGAAGCUGAAAAAUCUGGAAGCUUCUAAAGCUUCCCUGGAAGCUGAGGUAGCCAGGCUGAGAGCCUCUGAGAAGCAACUUCAGAGUGAGAUAGAUGAUGCCCUGGUGUCAGUUGAUGAAAAAGAAAGAAAGCUCCGGGGCGAGAACAAACAGCUGGAUGAAGACUUGCAGAAUGCUAGGAGGCAAAGCCAAAUUCUGGAGGAGAGGUUGGAGGCUCUGCACUCAGAAUAUGAAGAACUAAGGCAAAGAGAGGAGACCACCAAGGAGUCUUAUGCCUCACUUGAAGGACAGCUAAAGAGUGCCAAACAGCAUAGUUUAGAAAUGGAAAAAAGCUUGGGCACCUUGAAGGAAAGCAAAGAGUGUCUCCAAUCACAAGUCACAGAGAAGGAAGUAGAACUGCAAGGCUUGGAGAGCCAGUGUGAGCAGCUGAGGGCAGAAGCUGAAAGACACAGAAAGAAAGCAGAGACUCUUGAGGCAGAAAAGCUCAGUGUUGAAAAGACAUGCCUUCAUCAGACAAAGCUUAUAGAAUCCCUCACAUCAGAAAAAGAAUCAGUGGAAAAACAGCAACUACAGCAGGCAGCUUCCCUGGAGAAGGAGGCAAAAGAGCUGGCCUUCAGACUGGCCAUGAGCGAAGAGCAGUUGGAGGUCAACCGAGGUGAAGUGUCUAGGCUGCAAGCAGAAGUCCUCGACCUGCGAGUCAAGCUUCAGCAGACCACUGAUGAGAGAGAGAGGAUGAGAGGUGAGCUGGCAGUCACUGUGACUGCCUUGAGUGAGCAGAAGGUGCUUGUUCAGGAGCUGAAAGAGCAGAGUGAGUGUCUCAACAGAAACCAUGUGCAAGAACUGCUACAAUGUAAAGAAAGGGAAGAAGUGCUGAAAAAAGAGCAAGAGACAACAGCCCAUCAAAAAGCUGAGUUGGAAAAUAAUUUGCUGAACUUGAAGGAAGAGCUAUCCAAGGUUAAGCAGUACUUGGAAAAUGCUAGAAUGGAAAAUGAAGAAAACAAGGAUCUCCUCCACAGGACCAACACAGAUAUGGCUGAACUUGGUAUUCAGAUUUGUGGCUUGUCCUCUGAAAAGAUGGAUGCAGAAGAGCAGUUAGCCCAGGCCAGAGAAAGGCUCAAAGAACUGGAAGAACAGGCGGCAGAGCAACAGAAGAAGCUGAAGCUUGAAAUCUCUAAUCUCAAAGAGGAGAAUAAGAGCCUGCAAGAGAAAUUAGAGGAGGCUCAAAUAUGUGCCGCAGCUGUCCCAAAUCUGCAAUUGCAGCUGGAGACAGUAAAGAAACAGGCACAGAGUUUCCAAGAGACCAGCCAAGAAGAGCUGUCUGCAAUAAAAUUUCAAAUGAGCACAGAGAUUCUAAAUUAUCAGACAAAAUUCAAGGCAGUCAGUGAGGAGUGUGGGAAAGUGAGAGAGCAGCUUGAGGAGCAGAAGCGACAACAGCAUGCUGCGGAGGAAGAGAUUACCGAGUUACAAGCUGCAAACACGAGUUUGUCCAGAAAGCUGGAUGAAGCAAGAGAGCAGCUGUCUGAAUCAGAAUCUGCUCGGCUGCAGAGGGAAGAGGAGGUGACAUCUCUUAGAGAACUCUUGGAAAGGAUCCAAAAAGAAGCUGAUGAAGCAAAAGAGAAGAUCCUGGAUUACACCGAGAAGCUCAGCAAGGUGGCAGCAGACAAAGAUAGCAGUGACCAGAAAUUAUUUGCUGAACUGGAUGACCUGACAAGAACAAAACACUUCCUUGAAGAGCGUUUGAUAGAACUUAUCAGAGAUAAGGAUGCUUUGUGGCAAAAGUCCGAUGCUCUGGAGUUCCAGCAGAAGCUUAGUGCAGAGCAGAGGUGGCAGGGGGACACAGAAGUUAAUCACUGUCUGGACUGCCAGAGAGUGUUCUCGUGGAUGGUGCGCCGACACCACUGCAGAAUGUGUGGUCGCAUUUUCUGCUACUACUGCUGCAACAACUACAUGGUGACAAAACCUGGUGGAAAAAAGGAGCGUUGCUGCAGAGCUUGCUUUAAUAAGCCUAGAGUCACUGUGGACAGUACAGAUGACUCUGGAUCCAGUGCCAACCAGGAAGGAUCACCAGCUUCAUUGGAAUCGCCUGUGUCACCGUCUGAGAGGACUUUUGUUGCAAGUGAAGCCUCUAAACCACCAGAUGAUGCAGCAUUUGAUAUAAUCACUGAUGAGGAGCUGUGCCAAGUACAGGAAACAGACUCUCUCCACAAUGAAAGUCAGAUGGAAAGAGUGUCUCUGGAUCAAAGCAUGACAGAUUUAAACAGUACAUGUAAUUCUUCAACCUUUGAUGAAUCUGAAGAGUGGCAACUUGCUCAAGAUGCUGAGAUAUGCUUGUUGAAGUCAGGAGAAAUCAUGAUCAAAUUACCCCUUACAGUGGAAGAGAUCAUAAACUUUGGAGAAAGCAACAAAGAGCUGUUCAUUAAAUCCAGCACCUACAGUAUCAUUCCCAUCACUGUUACAGAGAUGGGGCUAACAAUUAGCUGGAUCUUUUCAUCAGACCCCAAAAGCAUAUCCUUCAGCGUUGUCUACCAAGAAUCUGAGGACACACCACUGGAUCAGUGCAAAGUUCUUAUCCCUAUGACUCGCUGCAACUCUCAUAAGGAAACUAUCAGAGGACAGGUGAAAGUCAGAAACCCUGGAAUCUACACACUGAUAUUUGACAACACAUUCUCUAGGUUUAUCUCAAAAAGAGUGUUUUAUCACUUGGCUGUUGAGCGACCCGUCAUCUAUGAUGGAAGUGAUUUUCCAUAGCCUUGACUAUACUGUGUUAUUUUUAAUUAAAUUUUUAAGAAAUUAUAUUAUUUAUGUACAUGUAAGCAGACUGAUUACCACUGUGUUUGAAGACUCUGAAACUAUGCAAUAGUUAUAAUGCACUUAAGAAGAGAUGGAUACACUAAAAAAUGGAAGCCUUUUCAGGAACACUAAUGGUUCUGUACUGUGUACAGAUUGCUGAAAAGCCAAUGUUUGAUUUAACAGGUCAAUAAUAACCAAUUUUUUUUUUCAGUGGGGAGAAAAAUAAGUGUGUGGGUGUCUAAAUGCAAAUUGAAAUUCUCUGCUGAAUUAUCGCAUUAUUUUUCUUCCAAAAAUAUCCUUCAAAAGGAAAUUUAAAGAAAAAAGUGUAUUUUUGACCUCUUCACUGAGGGGUAAACAUAACCAUUUCUGUUCUGCUACUCUUACAGUCAGAACAACAAUUAUGCAAUAUUUCAAUCUUCACAGGCCUAUAUUGUAAUCCAUCUAGAAUUUUUUAUCUUUUCCAAGUUUUAUAAACAGAAAACAUAGGAGUUUUUUAAAUUCUGGGCUAAGAUUUGGUAAGCCUUAACUGGCUUUUACAAAUGCUUUAUCACUACCAGUUACAAAACAAUACAACGUGAAGCAGCAACUCCUUUCACUUUCGCUCACCGUACUCUGUACAUUGGUCCAUUCUUACAGUACCAGUGGCAGAACAAGGAGUAUCCUCUGUAAAGUACUGCUCACUGUGUGAUAUUAGGAGGAAGAAAAUUCCUUUUUCCUGCCUUAGCACCUUAGUCAUCAGCAGUCAUAGGAAAGCACAGUUUCUGAGGACAUGAGCAGUGUCUCUCUCUCUCUAGACCACGUGGAAGGCAGCAAUAAUGUUUGAACUGGUCUCAAAAUGUCCAUCCAAACUGAAUGAAUAUCCAGGCCUGGUGAGCUCUCCACCCAGUGUUAGUGUAUUCUCUCCCUUUCCUAAACCUUGCAGUUGCCCUACCCAACUGCUAACUUUUCAUCUUGGAUCUGGAGAAAGAGCUGGCUGUAAACACUGCCUCUUAAGGGAAGACUGGGUUCUCAUUUAUACAGAAUUUCUACGCAAACCAUCUGCUUUCUAUAUAGAAUUUUAUCCUUUUGUCAAAAUAUCUGAAAGCAGAUUUUUUUGUUUUAAAAUCCUGUCCUCUGAUGGAAUGGCAAAACAUUUGGCAGGAUAAAGGAGAAAAGCUCUUUCUCCCAACCAGCCCUCCUCAUCAUUUUAGGUGUGUCUGAUUUCUCAUGUCAUUGUUCUCCCAAGGAAAACUCAGACCUGGAAGGUUUUAGUGCAACAGUUGGUAGAAGACCAGCACAGCCUGUCAGGAACCCUGUAGAGACCUGGUGGCAGCUGUAGCUGAUAUACAGGAGUCAUUGUAAGAGACAGAAAGUAAAACAUAAGGGGAAAGAAGAAAAAGAGGCAAGCACAAGCUGAAGCAAAUGGUUUAGGGGAGGGUAAGGAGACAAACUUGUAAAUGUAAAAGGAAGGGCAGGGAAUUGGAAGGAUCAACUUGACUAGGGAAGAAAGUCAGGGGAGUCCAGCUGGUGUUUAUGUGUUGCUGGUCCAGUCCAUUACCCACAAGGGAUUUCCGACAUCAAAAGACUGGUUGGUUGUUUAAAAGAUGGCGAUCACAGACAAGUGUUGGACAUUUACAUAGUAGCAGCUGAGGUAAGAGGGAAAUUUAUGAUCAUAGGAAAGAAAAGAAUUGCAGAUAAAGCUAAAGAUUGCUUAUCAUUUGUUCCAGUUGUUAACAAUAUAUAAAUGCAGUGAUCUUGAAAAAGACUGUGAAAGAAUAACAACUUUUCAUGGAGCACCUAGAUUUUAGGUGUCUGGUUAAUGGAUAGUGUUUCCCUCCCUUCAGCUGCCUUUUUGCCCAUACCAGUGGUGUGCUCCCCAGCCUCUACCAGGCAGAGGGGUCAGUGCAAAGUACAAGCAGAUUUAUUCCUCCUCCUGAGGUCUACAGUGCAAUUAAACCCAUACCUGGCUGUGUGCAUGAAAAUGAGAUGGACAAGAGAUGGACAUGGGCAAUAAACAGGCCAUAAAUGGCACACAGAUCGGUUCAGGAAUUAUGGCAUAUUUCAGUGUUGAAGCUAUGUUUUAUAUUUAAUUAGGCAAGAAGAGAUUAUUUAUUGCUUAAAAAUGGAGCACUGUGUACCAUAUGCUAUGCAAUUUCACUGAGCUGUUACUGAAGUCUGCUGCAGUUUUUCUUUAAGCUUUUAGGUGUGGUUUUUAAAAGCAUUUUGCUGUUCUUAGGUAGAAUACUAAUCUUACUGGGAUAUUUUUCUUAAAAUGCCAAAUGUAAGGUAAAGGGACACUGUCAAGUAGCUUGGGCCAAAAUAUGACAUCUCUGUUCAAAAGUAUUUGAAGUCUCUCUAUUCAAAAUUAUUUGAAGAAUAUUGAAAAAUUAUCUUCAUUUCCUCUCCACAUCCAGUUCUUAACAUUUUUUCAUACUGUGGCAAAUAUUUUUAAGCCACUGUUUAUGUAACUCUUAAAGUAAUUGUCUCCAUCUAGUAAGCUAGAUGUUUCCCUGAAGGUCUUUCAUGUUGACAGUCCUGAGACUGGCUAAAGCAUAUGUUUGGAAGGAGGGGAAUAAAACCACUGGAUUGUUUUCAUUUAGCAUUUGAGUCUUUAUAGUACCUUUUCUUCAGGUUUUCCUGCCCCUUGAGAAUAGUUUUAUGGCUUUUUUUUUUCCUCUCUGAAAGAGGACUAAGAAUGGAAGCCAGAACCUGUAGUUUAAAGAUCAAAAGGUUUGCUCCUAACCAAGGAGAGUAUUUAAGGAGAAAAAGUUUCAAAUGAUGAAAUACUCAGGAUGCUAAGGUACAGGAGUGCUAAGGUACAGGUACAGGUAAGGACAAGAGUGCAGCUGUUCAAAACCAGCUGGUCAACAACAAGAAUCCCAUCAUACCAGCUAGAAGAGGCUGUGCAGAGAAGAUAGUAAAGAACCUGACAUUAGUACUGACCUUUUGUUUGAAUGCCACUGGCAGUUUAUUACUGGAGCUAUGGAAACCCAAUAAAGGACUUUGCACAAGUGCAGGUUUGUGCAAGAGAUUAUUUCAUUCAAGCACCUUAUACCUCCAUACAUAAGGCACUUGUUUGUGUGAGCUGUGCCAGUGAUGCUGAAAAGUCUGUUUAUUUACAGGUGCUCAGGUGAUUUGUUGAAUUGGGCUUUUUAUUACCUGCAGGAAUGCAAUUAGGAGAAAAGAAAUAUUUAAAAUUUAUCAUAAAAUUAAUUGAAGGGGAUGUCUCACUUGUAGGACAAAAAGAUUAUAUACUGUGUUCAGCAUAAGCAAUUGGGUGAUUUUCCUGGGUGCUGGAAAGGGUUAGGAGGUAUGGAGGGUAAGAUUUUUGUUAUACAGAGGUUUAUGUGAAGAAAAGAAUGUAGUUUCUUUAAGAAAAUGACAGUGUUCCUUUACUCGAUCUUACUCAAUGUUUCUUAAUGAAAAAUGACAGAGAUGUAUUGCACGAGAAGGUACCAUGUUACAAAAUAGCAAAGCUACAAAAGCCUGACUUUGCUCCUUCCUCAAAAUUGAAAUUGCACUAUAGUUUUAAUCAUGCUCAAUCACUGAGGUUGUAACUUGUUCAGAAGCAUCUUUUAGUCUUAACUGCCAAAGAAUUGCAAACCCUGUUCACAUCAGACUUCCUGUUCCAGAUAUGGGAAAAAUUAUGUAUACCAGUGUCUGUUACAGAGAUGUAGACGGUUGUGUACUGGAAUGUUUCUUGAUGCUUUUUUUCCCCCUUUUUUAACCUCAGGAAUUAAAAAAUAAAAUUCUUUAUCGUUGUGAAUGUA